UAAACGUUUGAAAUUUAAUUCUGCAAAAUUUUGCAUGCAUUAAUCUAGAACACUUUCCGAUUGAACAUUUCUCUCGGAAGUCGGUGAGAUUCAAUCAGUCCGCAGAUAGCAAUGCUUCAGCUUAAAAAAAUCAGUCUGCUGUUAAUUUGUAUGUAGAAUUGCCAGAACAUAAUCAGUGCGUUAAAAGUAAAAAUUUCAAUUUUUUCUACGAAAUAACAGCUUAAUGCAGGAAAUAGUUUGUUCUCGCAAAAUCAGCCACAGCCCCACUAUAAGAGUUAGUUCCGAAUUUAUUUAUAGGAAAGUAUAAGACGAGUUUCUUGAUAAUAGCCAGAGAAAUCGUCAGUGCCGGUUUUCUUGGUCUUGUGUCUUUUCAAGGAUAUUUGAUUCAGCAUGACGCUUAUUAGAGUAAUUUUUAUGGCAACUGUGGGCUUUGCUGUGGUAAAUUCACUGCCUGCAGGUGGAUCAUACCACGUCCAUCACAGAAUUCACGUGCCGCAAAAAAUCAAGACAAUUUACCACACGAAAAUAAUCAAAGUCCCCGAACACCAUCAUCAUUUUCACGAGAAGGAAAAAAUCAUUAUUGAAAAAGAGCCACCCAAAGAGGACCAUCAUUCAAUUGUGAUUCAAGAUGAUGAUGAUGAUCACGAAGACGAAGUCUGGUCGGAGUCGGAAAAUUCUGCGUUCUACAAGAAGAAGAGAAAUGCCCAUCAUUCCGUCCAUGAAACUAAGCGCCCAAUCAAGAAAAGGAGAAUAGUUCAACGAUAUCCAUAUAAAUUUCAUAGGCCUUAAGCAGGCCUUUUAGUUUGCAAUGUUGGUAGUUUAGGAAAAUAUUUAUUUAUAAAUAAUUGAUAUUUGGACUGUAACAAAGCUUGAAAGGUGCUUUGAAAAAUCAGCAGAAAAUAUGAGUGAAAACCAGGACGUUUUGUAAAUAGUAAUUUAAAAUUUUUGUAAUUUUAUUAAAUAAACUUUUAGGAACCAAGCAUGAAUAGGAAUUAUUUAUGAUUUUAACGGGUUUUAAUGUUGCGAUUCCAAACAUUUUUUAUUUCACUUAAUUGGGACCAUUUACUUCCUUGUGUAUACUAUUUAAAAUUCAGUGCUGUUUAUUAACACGUAUUAAAAUAUCUAUCGCGGCAUGCUCCUAGUUGGACAUAAAAAAUGUUUUUUGGAUUUCAGCGCCAAAUGUUUAAAGAUAUAAAUAUCUCUUCUAUUUACAGGGUGGUUUCUAUAAAUCCUGUUUUAGUUUUGGUCUUGUAGCUGUAACUUUUCUGCUCUUUGAUGGAUUUUGAGGAUCUUGAGCCUAUGAUGAAGCGAAAUCUUCAUAGACAUGCUAAGACAUGACAAGAAGAUAGAUAAGAGAAGAAAGUUGCAUGAAUAAUGGCUCAAAUGAAAAUUCACACCGAAAUAUGUGAUUCUAGCAGACUUUCACCUAAAGUUAAGUUCAGAUUCAAAUAUGUCGUUAAUUUAUACAACUUGACAUACGGAAUUUUUUUCGCUAAUCCAACUUCACCAUAAACCCUAGAUUUUGAAAAUCGGCUGAAGAGAAAAAAAUGUAUCCCUAAAAGGCCAAAACCUGUUCAUUUCUUUGCCACCACUCUGUAAUUAAACGGGAUGAUCGAAAAGUUCGAAAACUUUUUUCGAGCUAAACCUCGUGCAAUGCAUGAGGUGAUGAGAUCUAAAAAAACCGUCUUCGUGUCCAACUGAGAACAAGUGGAACUUUCGCCAAUUUUGCAUUGUUUCAUUUACCAUUCCGUAGAAACUUUAUAUAGACCACUAAUUUUUUUGAAAAGUACACGCGCUAACAGAAAAAGGAUUGCACUAAAUAACGCUUCGGACAGAAAUGAACUCGCUCUGAUGGAUCAGAAUUUAUCCGGAUCCCAAAUUUAUCGAAAUUGGUCAGUGUAACGUCUAUUUUGUUUAGCACAGCUUUAGGCAAGUAAGAUCAACUGAUUAAAUCAAUUUUGUAAACUAUUUCUAAUAAAACACGCAAUUUGUUCAAUUGCAGCGUAUAUAAAAUCAUCAUAAGUAAUAAAAUAAAAUAUGAACAAAAAGGCUAAAUAGCCAUUAGAAUAAGAUAGCUAUGUAAGCCAUAGCACAGACAAUAAAUUCGACUAAUUAGGAAAUGUAUGUCGGAUCUACGCCCAAAGCGAAUUCAGUAAUAUUGGGAAAAAUCGGUUGCAUUUGAACCUACAGUUGCGUAAUUAUGCAGCAAUAAAACAAUAUCAAUACGGUUUGCUGCACUUUUUGCGUAAUUGGAGCGACUGGUUCAAGAUUACGUUUCAAGUUUGCGAAAACAUAAUAACUUCUUUUCUCUUUCCCUUCCGGCACGACAUUGAGACUGAGAGUGAAAUUGCCACGGUAAACGCCUUUUAAAUUACUUUGUAGUUUUGCUAAAUGUUUGUUUAAUGCGUGAAUUGAGUUCUGAAAAUUAUUAAUUGCUCAGUUAAUCGGGUGUUUGCUUGAUGCAAAUAUAUACAGAUAUAACUUUAUGUUCGAAUUACAUUUUUAGUCAAUUACAUAUACCAAAUAACGCUUAUAAAAGGAGGCAUGUUCGACAUUUGAUUUUUUCUUAUUUGCGUAACAUUCUUUGGUUGACUGAACCAUCUCGCUAUGGAAGGAUAUCAUAAGGAGUCGCACUCUCCUACUGCCAAUUAAGCAACAAAUGGGAGCUUAUUAAAUUUGUAAGGACUCUAUGGUUUAACUAUAGAGUAGAAGUUUGUUAUGAGGUGAUUUAAAUAUGAUAUUGGCACCACCAGAAAUUAUUUGUUGACCACAAGGGUCUUGCGGAUAGCAAAUCUCUCGUGUAAAAGAAAAUGCUCUUGUCUAGCUUGUGCUGUGCAUGAAGUCAAUUUCAAGCAGUGGCGGAACUUCCGUCGCUUGUACCGUAAUAUACUAUUUUCACCACGAACACCUGAAGCUAUUUGAGGGUUAUUCAUUUUAAAUAUUUAUUCUCGGUCAGGUACUCCUUAAUAUGGAGUGGGUUUUGAGCCGCAAAUUUUUGCCGAAAAGAAAAUCUUUGGAAGAAGAAAACGGAUCGCAGGAAAAAGAACCUUUGUAACUUCUUUUUUUUACUGGAAGAUGGUUGCAAGAAAAAAAAAUGUGCUUGUGGAGAUAAUAAAUAAUAAGACGGUCGUUUUUGGAGACCCUCCACACUCUUUACGUUGUCACGAGCCCAAUAAUGAGCCGAUUUUGAAAUUUCAAGAAGGCAAAUAAACCAAAAAUCACUUGAAACUUCACGUCUCAAAACUAAUCAAAU